UUUCUUCUCAAUAGACCCGCCCACCCUGGCUAUUUUGGGAUCAGGCGUACACAAACGCUCAAAAAUGCACAAACGGUGAUAUUGGAGAUUAGAAAUUGUGACUCUGUUUUAGAGGAUCAGCAUUAGGGAUAUAUCUGAGUGGCAGCUCCACGUCAAACCACUGAACCAAACACACUCGCAACCUCCUGCUCCAUCCAAGAAGGGAAACGCAUCUGUUUACAAAACAUCUUUGCCGAGUCAGACAUGGAGAUAGAAACUAUUUUCGAGUACUUGAGUAACUUCACAUGGAUACACGGCUUGGGUGCGUUCGUGCUGCUCUGGGCUCUGGUUUGGUUCUGCCGGGACAACCUAAAGAUUGACAACGUCAAAGAAAAAUACGUCUUUGUGACUGGUUGUGACACUGGUUUUGGGAAUCUAGUCUGCAAACGCCUGGACAAACAGGGUUUCCGCGUCCUUGCCGGGUGUCUCACAGAAAAAGGGGCAGAUGAUUUGAAAAGGGCGACCGGACCUUACCUGAAGACGUGCAUAUUGGACGUAACCAACACGGCUAGCAUUCAGAAGGCCGCGGAAUGGACCAAAAAGGAAGUUGGAGUUAAAGGACUUUGGGGUAUUGUGAACAAUGCCGGGCGCUCGCUGCCCAUGGGUCCCUCUGAGUGGAUGACAAUCGAAGACUUUCAAAGCACCCUCAAAGUCAAUAUGAUCGGUGUUAUUGAGACGACCAUGAACUUUUUACCUCUUAUCAAAAUGGCCCGUGGUCGAGUUGUGAAUGUGGCAUCGGUGCUGGGCAGAGUCGCGGCUAAUGGUGGGGGCUACUGUAUUUCGAAGUUUGGGGUGGAAAGUUUUUCCGACUGUCUGAGGAGGGAUAUCCAGUAUUUUGGAAUCAAGGUUUGUAUAAUUGAACCUGGAUUCUUCAAGACUCAGGUGACCAGCUUAGAGCCCAUCGAGAGGGAACUACAUCGCCUCUGGAACCAGCUGCCCACUGAGGUGAAGGAAAGUUAUGGCGAUAAAUACCUGGACAAAUACAUCAAGAUCCAGAGACUGAUCAUGAACACCAUUUGCGACCCGGACAUCAGCAAAGUGACCAACUGCAUGGAGCAUGCCCUGCUGGCCGUCCACCCGAGGACGCGUUACAGUGCAGGCUGGGACGCCAAGCUCUUAUGGAUCCCCCUGUCCUACAUGCCUGCCUGUUUUGUGGACAUUGCAUUAAAGUUGGUGAUGCCAAAGCCCGCAAAAGGCGUCUAGUGCACUGGUAAAGGAAUUUUAGCCCAGAGACCCUGGUAACAGAUUUUAUUUCUAUUUUUAGUCUUGGCCUCUGUUACCAUUAUGAAACACUGGAUAAUGGUCUAUUUUUGGAGCCCCUUAUUUUGGAGGUUUAAAAUUGGGUUAGUGGGUGAUGACAAUAAUAACGUGUAAUUUUUACAAAGUUAAACAAGUUUAAACACAAAAAAAUCUUUCAGGACUGUUAAAAUGGAUGUUAAAAAGAUGCAAGGAUGUUUACACACCGAUCUGUGCCUGUUUUUCAGCUAGUUUUUUAUGUUUUGUCAAUAAUUCAAGGUGAUAUUACAAGUUAUUACCUUGCAUAUAGUAGUAUAUUACUAUACUUUAAUGACAACGUUUGUUGGCAAACAGUUCACAUAAACAAUUAAAUAAACAUUAUAAGCAUAUUUUGAGUUUUUCCUUUUAUCUGUGCACCCAACCUAUAAUCUUUAAUGUGUCCAAAUUCACUUUUUGCUUCGUCUCCCAUAGUAACUAAAAAUGUUUAAAAAAUAAUAAAUGAAUUUAUUUUCAUUUUAAAUGUACUUAUAUUAAUAUAUUUAUAUAUAAUUAAUAGGGCUGUCAAACAAUUAAUCGCAUCCAGAAUAAAAGUUUGACAGCCCUAAUAAUCAAUAAUAAAAAUAGGCUACAACUUUUAGAAUGAAAAAAUAUUAAAAAUAAAGUAAUUAAACGUUUUUAAAAACAAA